AUGCAGGCCAUCAAGUGUGUGGUGGUGGGAGACGGAGCUGUAGGUAAAACUUGUCUACUGAUCAGUUACACAACCAAUGCAUUUCCUGGAGAAUACAUCCCCACUGUCUUUGACAAUUACUCUGCCAAUGUUAUGGUAGAUGGAAAACCAGUGAAUCUGGGCUUAUGGGAUACAGCUGGACAAGAAGAUUAUGACAGAUUACGUCCCUUAUCCUAUCCGCAAACAGAUGUAUUCUUAAUUUGCUUUUCUCUUGUGAGUCCUGCAUCAUUUGAAAAUGUUCGAGCAAAGUGGUACCCUGAAGUGCGACACCACUGUCCCAACACCCCUAUCAUCUUGGUGGGGACUAAACUUGAUCUCAGGGACGACAAAGACACGAUUGAGAAACUGAAGGAGAAGAAGCUGACUCCCAUCACCUACCCACAGGGUCUGGCCAUGGCUAAGGAGAUCGGUGCUGUAAAAUACCUGGAGUGCUCUGCUCUCACGCAGCGAGGCCUCAAGACAGUGUUUGAUGAAGCUAUUCGAGCGGUUCUCUGCCCCCCUCCCGUCAAGAAGAGGAAGAGAAAAUGCCUGCUGUUGUAAAUGUUGGGUUCCCCUGCCCCAUCCCCCUCAGAACCUUUGUACGCUUUGCUCAAAAAUGGUGGAGCCUUCGCACUCAAUGCCAAGUUUUUGUUACAGAUUAGUUUUUCCAUAAAACCAUUUGAACCAAUCAGUAAUUUU